AUGGAAUAUCUCAGUAUCUAUAAACUUUUUGUGCUUGUAUAUUCCAUUCAUGUUUGUGAAAUCACAUGUUUCGAAUGUGACAUAAAAGCAGAAGUUUGUAAAACCAGUCUUGUCAUUGAUCAUCAGCUAACUAUGACCUCUCUUACGUCAGGAAAACCAGUUUGUGCACUUGGCGGGAAACUGUACGAAAGUUAUAAUGGUACGAAUGGUAUCGACGAAGUUUCUAUAAACGAUGUCAUUACAACCGACGGAUGGAAAGAAAAACAACUUGUGAUUGUCGCCAAUUCGAGUCUAUCCAAUACUCAAAUUAUUGUGUACGAGGGUCAGAGGUUGAUAAUUAAAGUCACCAACAAUCUUUUUUCCGAUACAGUUACAAUUCACUGGCACGGACUUCUACAGGAGAAUACUCCCUGGAUGGACGGAGUCGGAUUUAUCACACAAUGUCCGAUUUUACAAGGACAAUCGUUUACAUAUGACUUCAUUGCUAAUCCAGUUGGGUCUUACUGGUUUCAUUCACAUGUUGGUAUGCAGCGAAUUACGGGCCUUAACGGACCUCUCAUAAUACGACAACGAAAUCAGCCGUUUCGAGCUGUCGAUGCAAUGGAAGAACACAUCAUGACUGUGCAGGAUUGGAACCAUGACUGGGGUGCUAAUCAGGACUUCGUAGCCAACUUCAAACUGACUUCAGUUCUUAUAAACGGUAGAGGAAGAUACUACACCAAUAAUUCCGUAAAUGAGGCUCCGCUUGAAACAUUUUCUGUUGAACAAGGGAAACAGUACCGGUUCAGAGUGAUAAAUGUUGGCGCUGGUUAUACGUUUCGGGUAUCUAUUGACAACCACACCAUUACACUGAUAGCCUCGGAUGGAAAAUAUUUCGACCCUGUCGAUGCGGAAUCGUUCAUUUUCAGUCCAGGGGAACGGUUUGAUUUCAUCGUAACAGCAAAUCAGUCCAUUGACAAUUACUGGAUACGCGCUGUUACGCUAGACAAUGCUCAUAAAGCUGAAGCUAUUUUGAGAUAUAACAAUGCGCCAUUGACUGACCCCGUGACCUCAAGGAAAAUCUGCACAUCGGUUUCUAGCUGCAUAGUCAUGAACUGCCCCUUUUUGUAUUUUCCAGAGCAGGAUUAUAUCGCCUGCAAAUACUUUGCUGAGAUGCGCAGGUCAGGAAACGACCCUGCUCCUUCUUCCAAUGAAACUGAUUCUGUGUUUAAAGAAUUCUUCCUUAACUUCGGAUUCCCUGGAAGAAACAGCACCCCAGCUUCGGUAAAUGGCAUACAAUUCAAGCUUCCAACAGUGUCCGCUCUGACACAACCCCAAGAAAUUGACGUCACGUGUGACGAUGCUGGGUGUGGCGAAGAUAGACUCUGUAAAUGUAUGCAUUCAAUUUCAAUCAAUCAAUCUGAAAUCGUGCAACUUGUUUUACUAAAUAUGGGGAAGGGAAAAGGUGAAGCACAUCCCAUACAUCUUCAUGGGUAUUCAUUCUACGUUGUCAAGGUGGGAUACGCAACGUAUAACGAAACAACGGGUGAUUUCAUCUCACAAAACACCGAUAUUAACUGUCAAGGUGUGGGGGGUCCAGACCAAAGCUUCUGUAACAACGCAACGUGGAGCGAUCCUAGUUGGUUAGGUGGUAAUGUGCCUGGAAUGGAACUGAAAUAUGCACCACGCAAGGAUACCUUGUUGAUUCCAAGCGGAUCAUAUGCAGUGAUAAGAAUAAAGGCCGGUAACUGGGGUGUGUGGUUGAUGCAUUGUCACAUAGCUAACCACUUCCAGGAUGGAAUGGGGUUAGUUUUCAACGAUUCCUUCGCCUUGUCGUCUCAGAAUCACCCGCCUUCAGGUUUUCCACAAUGCAGGAGUUUCCCUUCGGCUUACCAAACAGGAAAUGCAACUGUUAUGAAUGCUACAACACUUCCUUUAGUAGAUGUUGGAGGGACUGUGGAAAACGACCAGUACAAGGUGGCGUUUUGGGUCAUGUUCCCGGUUAUGCUGGUGGCGAUUUUACUGGCGAUGGCUUACAUUGUAUAUCUAAGAAGACGAAGUCAGGGACAGAUCAAUGGACCGAGACCUGGUAUGGAAAUGACGGAAGGAUCAACAGCAAUGUAGUAAAAAGAUUUCCCACGCGUUAUACAAGGUGAAGAAAAAGUUAAAUCCGUCACACAAGUAUAAAUCUCUUAAAGUAC